UCGGCCAGUCCGGCCACCACAACAGCACUGGGCAGCAGGCAGUCCCCGACAGCUCUGGUCCCCGCAGCAACCCUGUCCUGCCAUGCUGCUCCCAGCCGUCUCCCUCCUGCUGCUGGGGGCUCCCCUGGCGCUGGCUGGUGUGAGCUGCCUGGGGCACCUGGACGAGAACGACACCUGGCACCCGGGGUUCGGCUGCCAGCCCUUCAGCUUCUGCUGCGGGACCUGCCACCGCCGGUUCUGCUGCAGGGACCCCAGCUUGGCCAUUUCAGAGUCUCAGCAGAAGCAGUGCCUGCGCUUCAGUCACAAGGUGGUAGCAGGCGUUGCCUCGGCCCUGAUCCUGUUUGUGGCCGUGGCGGCCACGAGCCUCUGCUGCUUCCUCUGCACCUGCCGCUACCUGUCCCGCCGCCGCCAGCGGCUGCAGAGCCCCUUUGCAGGCCAGGAGAUCCCGCUGAGAGGCUAUCUGCUGCAGCCUGUGUGCCUUCACCCCUCGGGCCCCCUGCCCCCGCCGCCCAGCUCCGGGGGUCCUCCCCGGCCUCCUCUCUAGCUUGCAGCUCUUCCCUCUCAAGUGCCGCCACAGUCCGCCUUCCCCGGAGCCUGAGGGGCCCGGGCCGUCUGCGGUCCCUCUGCAGAUGCCCCUCCUGGCCCUGCGAGUGGGCAGGGAUCCUCCACUGGUCAGGUCCGGGACCGAGCCACGCCCUGAGCCUGCAGGGGACAGACCCCGGGAAGUGGGGGUGGAGACUGAAGGCAGGGGCGGGGCCUGGGUACUGUACCGUUUUUAUUGGGGGCCAGGGAAGGACGUGCCAGCGUGGGUCACGGGUCCCUGGAUUCCUGCAGUCCCUCCAACCCCGGGCCUCCCUGUUUGCCCCUGUGGGCUGGGGCGCGACCCGCCGGGCUGCUGGAAUAAAGCGGGAGCGCACGUGGCCCGGCGUCCUCCCCGUCCAGAGACGCGCCCUGCGCCGGGACCCGGGCUGCGAGGGGCCGGGCGGCGCAGCACCACCAAGCCCUCCUCGGGCGGAGCCACCAGAUGAGCUCUGCCGAGCGAGGAAUGCGCGCCCGCGUGGGUGACAGAGCUUUCCCACCGUGCCGCACCCCUGCGCCCAGCCAGCCCCACCAGGUGCACAGGCGUCCCUCCCCUCCGGGCUCCGGAAGGUCCUCGCUCGGCCUGCGAAGGCGCCCGAGCCUCGGCUCAUCGGCGGGGACUGUCACGGGGCUGAAGCUGCCCCUCCCUGCUGAUCAGAGGGCGCAGGACCAGGAGCCGAGCGGGGAGACGGGCGCACGCCGGCUCCCUCGCCCCCGGAGCUGCCCAAGCCUCGGCCGGAACCCGCCCGCCCCUGACGCCCUAGACCGCGGGGAGGCUCUGGCCGCAGCCUGCGGUGGGGGCUCCGGAAAAGCAGGUGGUGGGGGGAGCAGCGGGGA